AUGUCACACUCCCCUGCUGAACGCACACAUCGCGUUCUGUUACCGAAGCCCGAUAGUGACGAACCGUCGUCGGCCAGAGGAGACCCAUCGCCAGCCUCUCAAUCGUCUCCCCAAGUUGCUCGCAACAACCCCGUUACAUCGCUUGCUUGCAAUGCAUGUCGCACUAAGAAAAUCAAGUGCGAUGGAAUGAAACCGAUUUGUUCCGUUUGUGCGCGCCGCCGACAGCCGUGUGUUUAUCGCGAUGUGCAGGAAAAGGACUCCGCACGAGAGAUCUCCGAGCUACGAAACACGACACAUGGCUUGAACCGAAUUCUGAACUACCUACGAGAUGCACCGGAAGAUGCAGCUACUGCAGUUUUCAUGAACUUGAGGAGUGGGAAAGCCUCGUUCACCCAUCUGGCUACCUCCCUCGAAUCCAACGCAAGUUUCAUAGACUCACGCUUCCUUCUGAACAGUGGCGGAUGUCAGAAGGAAACAGCAUCGCUAAGCUUCAGACUUGAACUCAAUGGCUAUUACCCUAAUGCAUUUCCAGCCCUUGCCCCACUCGAAAUUGCAGACCUAGAUCUCCAGCUUCUGGAUGUAAAUUCGACAACGACUAUAGACACCACGUCUCGGAAACGACGGUACAGCUCACGAAACAGACCCGCAGCGACUCCGACAACUCCAAAUCAAGUGCUACCAAUACAACCUCUAACCAGCCGAGAUACCAUAGUCAUCGAUGGGCGGCUUGACCAUAUCGAUUUCCAACGAUGGACAUCUGUGGAUAUUACCAACGUACUUGCUGCAAGUGCAAUAUCUUUUUACUUAGAGAAUGAGCAUCCAAUCCUCGCCGUAUUCAAUGCCGAUCUGGUAAUUGACGACCUAGUAAGGGGCUCGGGCUCGUUCUGCUCACCGCUGCUCCUCAGUUCGAUCCUUGCUUGGUCAUUUGCUGGUCUUGCGCAGUCGAACUUGGAAGCAAGACAGCUAUCUAUAGAGUUUCUCGCAGAGGCUAAGUGUCGCUGGGAGGGUCGGAGGCGAGAUGAUCUGGACACGGUUUCUGCCGCGAUACUCAUGACUCUUACCUGCAAUCAUCAUGGUAACGAUCGAGAUGGACUGUUAUAUCUAGAUGCCAGUGCCGAAAUUGGUCGCCGCUUACAGCUUUUCAACCAUGAAGCCUACCCAGUUUCAUCCGUCUCCGAUCGUGAUGAACACCACAAGGCUGCGGCUUCUUUUGUUGCUUGGGGAGCUUUCACAUGGAACACCUUGCAAUCUCUUCACUUUCGUCGCCGUCACCGACUGCGUACACCACCUGCACUACCGAUCCCAGGGAUGGUAGACGAGGGAGGACCGGUCUUGUCAAAUUACAUGGGAAGCACAUUCACUUCAAUCGCCAAGUUGUGCCUUAUUGUACACGAAUUGUGGAGCAACGGCUACCACGAGUAUGUUGAUCCGACCCUACAGACUGCCGAACUCGCGUAUCAGAAAUUGCUGGCCUGGUGUGGUGAGCUGGGAAGCGCUACAUGCAGAGUUGAAUCAUCAUACUCGCACCACGUACUAGUCGUUCACAUUUGGUACCACACAGCGAUUAUGGACGUGUGGAGGCCCUUUAUUCAAAUUGAACCUCAAAAGAAAAUGCAGCAUUUCAAUUCAGAAGACUCUUGGCCACGCGCCGCUUACAGGGAAUCCGUGCGACAACUUAAGCGGCUCAUGUACGUGUAUCGUCAUAAGUUCGAGACGACAAACCCCACCAUGCUCGUUUCGCCAGGCUACCUCUACCUCGUCAAUGAGAUCUUUCGUGACAGCGAUGCACCCGAGGCCCAGUUCUACUUCGUGUUGUGCAUGUGUGGAUGUCUAUCCAUGGCACACUGGUGUCGCUGCCUGUGUGGGAUCACCAAGGCGUUCUUUGGCCUGGGCUGGCAAACUGGACUCCUGAAACGUCCCAGCUGGAAUAUCGGUCGGCUCAAAAGCAUGCGUGAGGCAGCGGCCGCUAUUGACGUCGGCCUCAGCUUCAACAGCGUCUAUCCGAUUGACCUCGAGAGGGCACUUGAGGACACCACGGCAGGUUGUAUGGAGGCCUUGGCCAGCGAAUUUCAGAAAUUAGCCUGUGACAACGUAUCCGACAAAGAAAGUGACGAAUCUGACGAUAACAUCGUAACUCAAAGAAUGAAAUAUUGGACGGGUGACCCGCGAUCGCUUGACCUUACGUUGAGCGAAGCAACAGAACAUUGA